AUGCUCCUGGAUUUCCCGGAGGUGGAGGCGGUUCUCGACCUGGUGGACCUGGAGGAUGCGGAAGAUCACACGGCUCCCCUGGAGAACCGCCACCAGAUGGAGGCUGUCGGCCUGGCGGGUCCGGAUGCGGGCAUUUUGGGUGCCCGGGUCGACCUGGAGGGCCUGGGUAGCCUGGAUGACCUGGGUGAGGCCAUGGGUGCGGAUGAUGGGGGUGAUGAGGAUGGCCUGGAUAGGAAUCUGGACAUGGGUAUGGACAGUGAUGCCCGUCUUCUAGUGAAGAAUAGCAUUGUGUAUCAUCAUGCUGAUCGCCAUAUUGGAAUAUAG